UAUGUACAUAUAUAUAUACGUCAUCAUCGUCUAGGUCUCUAGAGUCUAGAUACAGUAGUAGCUAGUACGUGCCGGAUCAGGAAGAAGAUCGUCGACAAUGGAGUCGUCGGAGGCGAGCUGGCACUGCUCGUUCGACCCGUCCGUGGCCGCGGAGGACUCCGAGGCCAUGGCGCGGCUUCUCGGGGUGCACGGCUGCUGCUUCGGCGGCGACGACAACGGGCAGAUCAAGCAACCGGCGCCGGCGCCGCCGUCGUCGUCGUCGUGCAUGUAUUGGCCUGGCAACGAGGCUGACGACCAUGGCCAGUACUACGGCGGUGCAGCAGUACCGGCGCCGUACUACGUGCAGGAACAACAACACGCCUCGGCUGUUGGUUACCAGCAAUGUCACGCGGGCGGCUACUAUGAUGGCGUUGCCACCAUGGGCGGCGCCGGUGAGUUCUUCGUGGCGCCGGAUGACGCGCAGAUGGCUGAUGAUCCCGGGUUGGGGUUCAUGGUCGAUCUCAACAUCCAGUUUGAGGACCCGCUGGACGACGGCAAUGCGUCGUCAGGGUGCAAGAGGAAGCUCGGCGACACCGGCGCCGGUUCGAAGAAGAAAGCUCGUUCGACGGCAACUCCGCCGGUGCAGAGGAAGGGGAAGGGCUGUGCACAACCCAAGAAGAAGGGGUCGAAGGGCGCGUGCAGCCGAGGCGGCGGCGUCCAGCAGGAAGAGAGCAACGUGCAGAGCUCGAGCAACAACUACCUGUCAGACGACGACGAGUCGCUGGAGAUGACCUCGUGCAGCAACGUGAGCUCGGCGUCCAAGAAGACGUCGUCGUCGCGGGGCGGCGCCAAGGCCAGGGCAGGACGUGGAGCGGCCACCGAUCCGCAGAGCCUCUAUGCCAGGAAACGUAGGGAGAAGAUCAAUGAGCGGCUGAAGGUGCUGCAGAACCUUGUCCCGAAUGGAACCAAGGUGGACAUCAGCACGAUGCUGGAAGAAGCAGUCCACUACAUCAAGUUCAUGCAGCUCCAAAUCAAGCUGUUGAGCUCAGACGACAUGUGGAUGUUCGCGCCGAUCGCCUACAACGGGUUCAACGUCGGUCUCGACCUCAAGAUCGCUCCGCCGCAACAAUGAUCGAUCAGCUCUGGCCUCUGGAGCGGGAGCCAACGACCCGCUCGAGCGACUUUUAUUUUCUCGACAGUUCGCGAGCAAUUAAUUUUAGCGGGUUCUUCAUUGUUUGUAUUCCUUUCUUCUCGAGCUUAAUUGAUUUGCCACAGAAGGACACGUCCAGUUAAUAUAUCGUACUUACCGAUAUCUGUUUCAGUGUGCUCUUUAUCAUUUUUCUUAAUUUAGUGUUAACUCGCGAGUUCAGUC